GGGUCACAUGUACCUAGAGACGGCGCUUCCUCGUGACGUCAAUACAACGCGCCGCCAGCUGAUUGCUCUGUGCUGUGAUGGUUCCGGGUUAGGCUGGGAGCUGCUGUGCUGGCAUCACCCAGAGGAGCCGUGAGCGAAGAAUGUGUGGGCAGCAAUGGGUGCUACUCUCUGUAUCUGUUCUCGGGGAGUCCUAACCAUCGAAAACAAGCGUUACCUGUUUGUAGAGAAGCUGGGAGAGGGAGGUUUCAGUUAUGUAGAUCUGGUUGAAGGGAUCCAUGACGGGCGCUUUUAUGCCCUAAAACGCAUUCUAUGCCACGACCGGGAGGAUCGCAAGGAGGCGCUUCAUGAGGUGGAGAUGCACCGAAUGUUCAACCACCCCAACAUCCUUCGUCUGGUGGGGCACUGCAUGAUCGAGAAGGGGCCUAAGUGGGAAGCCUGGCUGCUGCUUCCUUAUGUUAAGAGGGGAACCCUAUGGAAUAAAGUUGAAGCGUUGCGGGAUAAGCAUGAAUUCCUACCGGAAGAGAAGAUACUGCACAUUCUACAUGGGAUAUGUCUGGGACUCAAGGCCAUUCAUGAUCAGAGUUAUGCUCACAGGGACCUAAAGCCAACUAACGUGCUGCUGGAGGGUGAUGAUCGGCCCAUACUGAUGGAUCUUGGCUCUAUGAAUCACGCGCGUAUUGAAGUGUCGGGGAGCAGGCAGGCAAUGUCGGUGCAGGACUGGGCAGCACAGCGAUGUACCAUCUCCUACCGCGCCCCCGAACUCUUCAACGUGGAAAGUAACUGUGUGAUUGAUGAGAGGACAGAUAUCUGGUCUCUCGGUUGUGUACUGUAUUCCAUGAUGUUUGGAGAGGGGCCGUAUGACAUGAUUUUCCAAAAAGGGGACAGCGUGGCCUUGGCUGUUCAAAACAACAUCACAAUCCCUGAAAAUAAUAGGUACUCCCAAGGACUGGAGACCCUCCUUUCCUCCAUGAUGGUGGUGAAUCACGUAGACAGGCCGUACGUCUCCACAAUCCUCAGCCAGCUGGAGGCGCUGUACCCAACUGUAGACGGGCAGGCCACCACCAGGAUAUGACAUCACAGGAAGUGACCUCACUCAAGUGCUGCUUAACUGCUAGACCGGUGUCACACAAGGGAUUGGUCCCUUUGGAUCGGACAGUGUGACUGAAGGACUGUGGUUGAUAUCGAAACUUGAACUUCUAAACGCUUUUUAACAAUGACGGUUUUAUCUCUGAUAUUCUUUUUAAGACUAUUUUACUGCGCCAUUACGUGAGACCCUGGAAACGCAUUCUACUUCAGUGGGUGGCGAUGGAAGAUGCCUUCAUGUAGUUUUGUAGAAAUCUGUUACAGGGAAUUGAACAAGUAUGAACCCCCUCCCCAUGUCUUCCCUCCCAGAGGCCACUUCUCUCAGGCCAGUGUCUUGUCUGUCUGGUCUCUGGAGCAUGGUCCCGGUGUGCUGUGUAUGUUCUGCCCCCUCUGUGUCUCCUGUGAUAGGAAGCUGUCAUUAAACCUCAUGCUUGGAUUGGA